AUGUAUCGCACAUCCUUGCGCUCGGCCGCCAGGCCUCUUCUGCGUAGCGUGCGCUCACAGCAGCCAUGCUCGCGCCGUUUUGCGUCGACAAAAUCUCCCGCCGACAGGCCUCGAAGCUGGAAGAGCUCAGCACUGCGAUGGGGCGCCGCCGGUGCCGCGCUUUACUACUACAACACAAGCAAUGUCUUUGCCGAGGAGUCUGCGCCGCGAACCGUGGCCGCACCGCCAUCAUUCGAUGAGUCCGAACUCCCCACCGUCGACUCUGUGCUCGAGGAGAAGCGGAAGCAAAUCCAGAAGGAGAUUGAGGAGAAUACCUCGAGCGUAACACCCGAGCCCAUCGCGCCACAGACGACCCAGGAAGCCCCCGAGGCGCAAGGCGCAGGCGCAUUAGAAGAGGAGGCUGGCCAGGAAGGCGCCUUCAACCCCGAGACGGGCGAGAUCAACUGGGACUGCCCUUGUCUCGGCGGCAUGGCCCACGGUCCUUGUGGCGAGGAGUUCAAGACGGCCUUCAGCUGCUUUGUCUUCUCCACCGAGGAGCCCAAGGGCAUGGACUGCAUCGAAAAGUUCUCUGGGAUGCAAGAAUGCUUCCGCCAGUACCCCGAGAUCUAUGGUGCCGAGCUGGCAGACGACGAGGAGGCCGACACAGAGGGUGCUGCUGCUGCCAGCCCCGAGGCUUCGACAGCUGCUCAGCCGAAAGCCCCCGCUGACGCUACCGAGGACCAGCAACAGCUGAGGUCUGAUGUACCCGCCAGCGCUCAUGUCGAGGAGAGCGAGAAGAAGCUGGAGUCAGCACACACCACAGGUGUCGAUGUCGCCGACAGCCAGGCGCCACCGCCAUGGGAGGACGCAACCGAUGCGAACAAGGACUCGAAGGCUGAGGAAACCCCUGCCGAGGCCAACAAAGAGGAUGCAGAGGGAAACAAGAAGCAAUAG